AUGGAAUUGGUACUUGAACAAGAAUAUAACAAACAACCGAUAACAAAUAAUGUUGUUCUCGAAUUACUCAAGAACAUUAAUGUUGUUAGAGGAAAAAUUAUAAGUUCAAAUCAAUCUCGAAACCAUCUUCGUAAUGAACUUCGUGCCUUGAUUAUAAGGGAUGGUUUGCUCUCAUUAUUUGUUACGAUUAAUCUAGCAGACCUUCACAGUCCAAUUGUGAUGAUGUAUGCAGGAAAAAAAAUUAACAAUGAUUCUCUACUCUCUGAUAAUUUUCCAACUGCGACAGAAAGGGCAAAAUUAGCUUAUCUCGAUCCAGCUGCUGUGGCAAAAUACUUUGAUGUUGUUAUAAAGCAUAUAAUCAAAUUUAUAAUUGGUUAUAAGAGACCAAAAGGUGGUGUGUUAGGUGAAAUAAAAAAUUACUAUGCAAUAAUUGAGUAUCAAGAUUGUGGAACACCCCAUUGUCAUAUGUUGAUUUGGCUUGAAGGGGUCCUCAAUCUAAUUGAACUUCGAGAAUGUUUAAAGAAUGAUAAAAAUUUUAAAGAACAGUUAAUGCAUUAUGUGAAUGAAAUCGUUAAGAAAGAUCUUAGCUACCUUUUUCCUGAUGGCCAAUAUUUAACCAAUAAAAUGUUAAUGGAAGAAUAUAUAUCUCUGAAAACAAAUUUGGAAAAGAGAAUGCACCCAUCGUUCUUACCUAUUCUGGACCCACAAUUGCCAGAUUUUGAUGAGAAAUUUCGUCUUGAUGUUCUUGCAAUUGCUAAAUGUAUACUAUUUCACAAGUGUACUAAAUCGUAUAAAAAAUAUAAUUGUAGUAGGAUAUCUAAUUGCUGUUUUGAUUUUCCUCGUGAAAUAGUUAAAGCACCCAGAAAAAUCUAUCCUGAACUUGGGGUUAUUGUCUUUUAA